AUGGAAUCUCAGGACGGGAUUUCCGUCCGGCCCAUGAGGCUGAAGGUACUAUACACUUUCGAUGAUGCAAGCAAAACGAAUUGCCUGGCCCGGUGGCCUCACCUUCUCGACAUCCAAACCGCGGCCCUGGACGAAAAAACCCAGAUCGGGGUCAUCGAGCUAAAAACUUGCAUCCAGGCCAUUGUCUCCGCAAGUCCCGAAUUAGUAGCCAAGCUCGGACAAGAUUAUACGGUUUACGCCUACGACUACUCCGAAUAUGAGACUCCCCUGGUUGGUCAAGGCAUGUUGUCAUGGGUUCUCGCGUCGGCCUCGCCCACGCCCCACGCACCAGCACACCAAUCGAAGACCAUGGUGACGGGCCGUGUGUGCAAGAAUGUGCUGGGGCUAUUCUCGAAAGGUGCCCAGGAAACCCUGGAGGUCAAGUUGCGGCUGGUCCCUGUUCCCACCGUGAUGCAAAGCGAAUAUCUCGAGAGCAUGCAAAAGUACCGGGAACUGAGUAAUGUCAUCCCCCACGAAUUCGACGCCCAAUCCUGGACAAACUUUGUCCGUCAAAACCCUUGUUUGAUGUCCGCACCCCCUGUCCAACCAGACAGAACGGCGUCACCCAUGGAUCAUGCCGGAAUUGAGCGAUUCCACCAACUGCUCAGCGAGGGGUCGACUCCGCGUGAAUUUCCCUCCGUCAACAGCAACGGUAACUUCCGUUCAGUGUCACCCACGCAGUCCGUGCGGAGCAGGGUCUCGACUCCGGGCGUCCAACCUUCGGGCCACCAGCAACUGGAGUUGAUGUCUCAGGCACAGCCACAGCUAACGCAAAUGCGACCCCAAUUGGAAAGAGCCCACAGCGAUGUCAUCCGCCCUUCUUCAAGUGCCUCCAUGCGCGAUUCGGAGUUCCCUAUCCUGACGCGAUACGACAGCCGCAGGGGUUCCGUCCAAUCCGGGUAUGGUAGCGGCGAAGAGUCUGCGGAGCAACAGCCACGUAAGCGGGCGAAGCUGUACCGGGCUGAUGGGCCUGGAAAGCUGGAUCUCAACAUUGAGAGGCAACCCAGUUCCCUGCGUGUAGCCGCUAGCACCGCCGCGUCUGUUCGCAUUCACCGUCCCACGCCUGUGAACCCCUCCAUUGCUGCCGCUCAGAACUCAAACGAGGAACCUGUUCGGCCACCAACGCCUAUCUCGAUGUCCAACGAUCUCCCCCGCCGCUCUCGUCCUGCCCCGAGUCUUCUCCGCGAGUCCUCUGUUCAGAGCCAUAACCAAUACACAUCUCCUUACCCUGCAAGCGACGAUCCUACACCUGGUGAGCCUAGUAUGCAUUCUCCGGAAGAGUCUCGCUAUCAAGGACUCUUCGAGCCCUCGUUCACCAUGCCAUCCUCGCCUCCUGUGCUAGACUGCGGGUUCCCAACGCGGUCAAGUCCUGUCCUGCCGCCGAUGGUCACUGACCCAGACUCUGGCUUCAUGAGCGGCGGAAUCGAUGAGCUCUUGGAUGAAGACAUUGGAACGCCCCUGGAAGACUGCACGGCUUCUGUUCCAAACGAGCGUACGGCUCGUCCUACCAUCCAGCCUAGCUCCCCCGUUCCUGCUCCUGCUAUUCCGGAAAACCAGGCCGAUAAUGCCACUGGAACCGAUGGAUCUAGAGACCAGCGUACCAAGGAGACCACCCCAGCGCGUCCUCGAGCUCCGGCCAGUGCCGCGGGCUCCAGGCCGUCUUCUCGCGCCAGCUUUCGUCAAGGACCCAAGCCCUUAGCUCCGGCUCCCAUGUCACAGAGCGAACUGGAGCAUCUUAUCAGUGCAAUACCCGCAAGCGACCCAGUCAUGCCGACGCAGCCCCAAGCUCCGCAACAUAACGCCGGUUCUGGCCCCAUGAGCGAUUUUACAGCUGCUGAGACGCCUGCUCCCCAGCCCGUUCCCGAGGAUGGAAAAGUUCGCAGUGGGGCAGGAGCACGGCGGCUAAAGCAAGUCCAAGCUCGACUCGAUAGAUGCAUCCGCGAUGGACAGGUCCCCCCUUACUGUGAGAACUGCGGGGCGAUCGAAACGCCUACAUGGCGUAGGGCCUGGUCGAAGGAGAUUGAGGGCAGCGAGGAAGAAGCCAACGAGAUGACAAAAGAUCCCACUUCCCUAUUCUGGCACGCUCUCGAGCGGGAUGACCAGGAGAAGGUCAUCAAAUUCAAGCUUGUGAAGAAGAGCCUGGCCGACGUGGACAACGAUUUCCACCAAAUCCUUCUUUGCAACCCCUGCGGUCUUUGGCUCCACAAGUUCAAAUGCAUGCGUCCAGAAAACCGAUGGAACAAAAAUGUCAGCAGUAAAAGAAAGCGGCCCCCAAGAAACCGAAAGAGAGGAGGCCCGCUCUCCAGCAACAAUUCCUCCGCAAAGAGCCGCAGCCGGGCUGGGUCGAGCAAGGUUGAAGGAUCAUCUCCAGGAGCGUCCGAUGCAUCGUCGCCGGCGGGUGAAGACGGGACAACACCACAUGGGGAUAAUGACAACAACGCCGAAAACGUCAACAAUGAGCCAGAUAACGAUGACGACGUUCAAGAACAUCCCUCCAAGCGCCGUCGUGCGAAUAGUAUGGAACCGCGGAGUUCAUCGGACAUGGCCGGAAGCCGCUGGCAAGAGCAAGAUCCCGUCGAGGCACUCCGGCGGGCGAUUCAGUCCAGCCCCGCUCGGAAUCUUGAGAGACGCAAUACUACAGUGGCGGGUGAGAAUAGCCUUACUCCUAAGCCUGUGAGGAGAGUGCUGUUUCCUAAUGCCCAGGCCGAGGGCGGGCCUCUGAAACCUCUAGGCGAGUCCGUUAUGAACAGUCCCCGUCGUAGCCCUCGCAUCGCCUCGCGCGACGACAAGCGGCCCCAAGACAAGGAGAACGGCGGCGUCUCUGACAUUGACCGUCUCUUCGAGAGUCCGACGUUCGAGUUCGACCUCCCCACGAGUCCGACGCCGAGACGACGGAACCCUCGGGCUGGCGAGAAGCGACUUUCUCUGCCGUGCAAUUCGCCGUCGGCGUCUAGAACACGCGCGGACUUUUACUCGGACUCAUCGCCAACCAAGCUCACGGCGCAGAGGCUCCAACGCGUUCAGAGUAGCCCGGGUACGCCACGCCAUAACAAAACACCCAAGAACCCGCGUUCUCAGAUGUCGCAGCUGCCGUCCUUGCCUGAGGAUGCGUUCGGCACGGACGCAUUUGGGAGCAUGGACAAUAUGAUUGUCGACAUCUUCUCUGAUGCAUCUGCGGCCAAUGCGGACUCUUUGUUUGCGUUUGAGGCAUCCAAAGGCCCAUCCGGCAGCAACUGGGCGGAAUGGCUUCCGUCAGACUAUGUGUCGCCCACGGGCUCAGAUGACCAUCAGAACGGUGGAGAGCAAGGCGAUAUCUCUGGAGAUCUGAUCGAUGCCAUCCUCUCGGAUCCGCACGUUCAAAAGGAGAACCUCCAGAACCUUGACAUCUUCAACUACGGAGGCUCCAAUCUUCUUGAUUCGGGCAUCUUCAACUCGGACUCGCUGCACGAGAGCAUCAUGGAGCUCAGUGCAAAGGCGAGAUCUUCGGCAGGCUCGCCCAACAAGGAGCAGACCGAAAUAAAUAAUGCUUGA